AUGAACUAUUUACUUAUUGAUUCUCUUUUUGCUGGAACAGUUGCAUUAACAUGGGUGGCUGCUGUUAGUAUUACUCUUUUAAUGGCCACAUCUACUGUAUCAUCAUCCUCGUCGACAACAGAGGGAGAGACUCUAUUCAACAUCGGCUGGUGGAGGGACACUGGUAAAACAAAUCACUGCGAUUGGUACGGUGUUGUUUGCAAUGCACAAGGACUUGUCAUUAAGAUAGACAGUUUCCAUGGUUCGUUCAAUGUAACACGAGAAGGAAAUGUGCUCAGGGAUUUGAAAAGUUUGAACUUGUCUUCCUUUCCACAUCUUGAAUAUCUCGAUCUCGCCAACACCAAUCUCCGUGGAAGCUUACCCACCCAAAUUGGUUCACUUACAAAACUUACCCACCUUUAUCUCCCUUGCAAUGAUCUUACAGGUGAGUUACCUCUAUCCUUGGCUAACCUCACCCAAUUGGUCGAACUUGACCUGUCAUACAAUCACAUUAGUGGCCCAAUCCCAUCAUCUGUAGGUCAUUUGACCAAUCUUGCAUAUCUUCGCCUCUCUUCAAAUCAAAUCAAUGGCUUCAUUCCUCUAGAACUAUGUCAUUUACAGAGUUUGGUUCACAUGGAUCUAGAGAGUAAUAACCUAUUCGGACCAAUGCCUUCUUGUUUGGGGAAUUUAACCAAUCUUUUCAAUUUGGAUCUGAGGUAUAACAAUCUCAGUGGCCAAAUUCCUUUGUCUGUAGCUAAUUUGACUAAACUCAACUCUUUGUACCUUGGUUCGAAUCAUAUCUACGGUUCAAUACCACCCAACAUUGAUUGGUUGAAGAAACUACGCUAUUUGAGGGUUGUGGAUCUCCAUCACAACUAUUUUUCUGGUCCAAUUCCUUCAUUUAUAGGUAAUUUGUCAAGCCUUGAAACUAUUGAUUUGUCGACAAAUCGAAUCUAUGGCUCAAUACCUCUUGCACUUGGCAAUCUACCCAACCUUACAUACUUAGACCUCUCUCAGAAUUUGCUGAAUGGGUCUAUCCCAAACGACUUAUACAAAUGCUAUCAUUUGAGAUACUUAUCAGCGAGCAGCAAUUAUUUGAGUGGAAGUAUACCUGCUAAACUAGCACGCUCUUUGUCAGGACUAUCCUACUUGAAUCUAUCCCACACUAAUCUUUAUGGCACAAUUGAUUUUCCAUGUUGCUCAUGCUCGCUUGAUUUGUCAAACACCGGUGUCGUGUCUAACUCAACUUGUAAACUAAUCAACAAGAAACCAUCCUCACACUUCCUUGAGAUUUUCCUUCCAAUUGCCAGUUUACUUCCACUUGUCCUUGUCUUCGUGUCACUUGGAUUUGUUUACUUUGGUCGAAAAAUGCCCAAGAAAAACCCAAGUGAGUCAAGGACAAUGAAGAAUGGUGACAUGUGCUCGAUAUGGAAUUACGAUGGAACCAUUGCAUAUGAGGAUAUCAUCAAAGCAACAAAUGACUUUGACAUCGAAUAUUGCAUUGGAACGGGUGGAUAUGGCAGCGUUUACAAAGCCCAGUUGCCCAACGGCCAUUUAUUUGCCCUGAAAAAACUUCAUCACCGGGAAGCUGAGGAGCCAGCUUUCGACGAGAGUUUCAGAAACGAGGUACAGGUGCUAACAAAUCUACGACAUAGAAACAUUGUGAAGCUCUACGGGUUUUGCUUACACAAUCAUUGCAUGUUCUUGGUUUAUGAGUACAUGGAAAAGGGAAGCUUAUUCUGUGCUCUACGAUAUGAUGACGAAGCUAUAGAAUUGAGUUGGGCUGCGAGGGUGAAUAUUAUCAAGGGCAUUGCACAUGCCUUAUCUUAUAUGCAUCAUGAUUGCAUGACACCGAUUGUUCAUCGAGACAUAUCAAGCAACAACAUUCUAUUAAAUUCAAAACUAGAGGCUUUUGUGUCUGAUUUUGGCACUGCUAGACUAUUAAAUCCUCAUUCUUCCAAUCAAACUGUAGUUGCAGGCACUGUUGGAUAUAUCGCUCCAGGUAAAUUGUUGUUAUUUUACAAGCGAUGA